UGCUCCCAGUACAGUGACACCCAUUGCUUUUUUUAAACAUUUUUUUUAUUUCACACACACAAAGCCUUCCUCUCUCAAUGAAAACCAGACGCACACGGCGUCCUCACACUCCGAGCCAAAAGAAAACAACUCCCGGCCGUAGCUAGGCAACUCCAAAUAUGAGUCAUCCCACCGCCGCGCCCUUCAUCAACGGAUCGGCCUCUUCUGCGAGGUUCUGUUUUAGAGGCGACGUGAGAAUAAUUCGACUAGCGACCGGACGUCUGCGUGUUUCAUCUGGCAGAGCAAAGUGGGUUCGUUUCUGAGCCGCUUCAGGAAGACAGACGUGCAUACGAGGAUGGUUUUACUUAUUAUUCUGUUCCUUGACAUCAUUAAAAAAAACAAAAAACUUAUUGAAGAAGUUGUAAAAUGAAAUUUAUGGCAAUGGUUGCAUUUUAAAAUGGCAUUUUAUGUGUAAACAAUGAAAUAAAAGUGUGUUUUAACAAUGAAGCUAAACAUUCUCUGUGAGUUUUUGGAAGGACUUCACUGGCUCAGUCUGAAAAGUCACGGGAAUUAUUUAUAUGAAGGGCAAAGGUCAAUUUACCAGAAUCCCUUCACUGUCAUGAUGUCAGUAAUCUAAUGUGGCGCACUGUCGCCCUCUAGUGGAGGAAGCUAUUCCGUGAGGUCAUGUACUGUAGGGUUGCACAAUAUUGGAAAUAAUUAACAUUUUCUAAAUGAUUGAGAUAUUAAAAAAAAAUAAUAAUAUUUGAUUUUUAACCCAGUUGUGUCACUUCCAGUUGGAAAAAUAAUUAUUAGUUAAAAUUACUAAAUUUCCACCAUGCUUUUGAGAUUUUUAUUUAUAAACAGAAGUUCUGAAAAUCAUGUAUCCAGUAUUUAUUGUUGCUCUAUAAAAAUAUCUAAUGUACUGAAGUUUCUGGUUGCGAUAUUGUAGACAGCAGUGUAGAUUAUUAGUUUUACUCUUUUGUAAGUAAAUAGUUCUUUAAGAUGCCAGUCUGAGUUUAUGUGAGUAAUAAAGUUCUCAAAUGUUGUGAAUGUUGCUUUGAGAUUUAUUACAUUAUAGCGGUGCCAUUUAAAACCUUUUUCCCCAGCACUCAACUUUUUAUUAUUAUGUUUGGAUACAGCCUUCUAGGAACAGCCAACUUCUUCAGUAAUGGCCUUUGGCAGCUUAUCCUCCUUAUGCCGGGAGUCUAGGCCAUAACUAUUGCAAGCUUAAAUGUAUUUAUUUUUAUUAGUAUUAUGUAAUACUCUCAUUAUCGGAGAAACAGAAUUUGAAGAUUGUAUUCAUUGGGAACCGCAAUAAGCAAAAAUGGACAGAAAUGAACGCUUAAAAUGUAUCAGUGUGUGUGAAGAAUCUAUCUAAUUCUGCUCCAUUAAUUAAAUACAUUCACCUUUUCAUUGUGUCUAUAUUUACUAGGUUGUAGUCCAGAACCUAGUGAGCAUGCGCCAUUAAUUUGUGCCAAUUAGUGAGCAGGUGUGUUAGCAGGAUGUCUACAAAUCAACCAGCCGCUCUUCACUCGGUCCUAGUGUUUUGGUGCGUAGAGAGAGAGAAAGAAAUCGUCUCUGAAAUGUAUUUGAAACUAAAAGCAUACUGCUUGGGUGUUCCACUUUUAUACACCUUAUCGACAAUAAACCUAUCUUCAUUAGUCCGGUGUGAGCACACAGCUCACUCCUUCCAGCCAACCUCUCGUUCGGCUCCCCACAAUGUCCGGAGCGGUGUUUUAACGACCAGAGUCCCCAGCGACCCCUCCACCACUGCGGCCGGGCACUUGGCCUACUUCAGCGGCCCAAGGCGCCAGAACCUUGAAGGCGGUGGCUGGACAACGACGAAGCUCCCCGGACUCGGGUCAAAGCGGGGAAUUGGAGCCAAGAUGGCGUCGUCUUCAAGUUUAGCACCCCGCUACAAACGCGGGCAAACGGAGGGAGAGAGGCUGUUUACUUCUCACGAGGUUCUGGGUGGGAACUGCAGCAGGGGAACCAUCAGGCGUGUAGUCCCCGGGGAUUUUUACGUCACUGGUCAGCUGGAAGCAAACCCCCGACACGGAGGCCAUCAGUCAGAUUCUGCUGCUACAGUCCAGAUUCGGGACAGCCGGGCGAGCGGCACCGGUCGGCAUGCUGGCGGCUCUGAGGAGAGCUGGCGGAAGCUGGAGCCGUCGGUGGAGUGUGGAGAUGACGCCAUGACUCUGACUGUGAGGAGGAAACGAGCCGUACAGCUGCUGCUGGACCAAGUGAACGGCUCAUCGAUGCCCCUGCUCCAUCUGCCUCAGCAGUGUGGCUACUCCGUUCGAAGCUCCUGGAAAGACCUCACUCUGAUGGCUCAGUACGACGCCUGCCACAUCGUUCGAGAGGAUGAUGGCUAUGUGUUGCCUCUGCUGUGGAGGGGGAUUCCCAUCAGGGUCUCCUGCCCGAUCUCCCAGCUUCACCUUCAAGGCGAGGGGCCGUCCUCGCUCUGCUGCUCCCUCAACGGCAUGACGGUGAAACUGAGAGGACCGACUGCUGUGGAGAACCCGCAUAUAAACGUUCGGGGUGAAUGGACUCCUCUGGGGCUGUUGGCUGAACAGUGUGGCUAUACUGUGUACAGACUGGCUGCAGAGACGGUCGUCGCCGUGCCGUUCCUCACUUGUGGUAUAACCGUAAAGGAUGGAAAAAACACACUUCUGCUUAAAUUAGGGGAGGAGAUUUUCAUGUUGGCUUGUCCUAACUCUGCCUUUGGAGAAGUCUCAGCCGCCCAUCGGCCUCUGGCUGACAGCCCCACGGAUUUCACCAGAAAACUGCCAAAACCAAAACUUGAAUCCCUCAGGCAUUUACUGUUUAUGCCGCCUUUCUACUUGGCUCCACCUUACUAUCCUCACCCAACAUAUCACCAUAGUUACUCUGAAAACAAAGAACGGGACACCCAGAGUCGUCCUACUCCUCUUUCUGUGGCUCCGAUGGCUGACUUUAGUUCCCAGCUGAACUCUCAAGACCAUUACUUUCGGUCUCUUAAAGAUGUGCAUGAAAACUAUCGUACCCAAAAGCCUCUUUCAUCUAAAGAAAAGUUGGCUAGUUUGGGUUCAUUACAUAAAGACCAAAAGCAGAAACAAGUAGCUCCUCUCUUGGAUGUCUCAACGAAUAGUUUCUCCCCUACAGCUCUCCCGGUUCAGGUGGCAGCUCCUCACACCCACCAUCCCAGCCAUGAUUUUAGCUCCCAUUACCACUACUACCAUCAUCCAAAGAUCCCUGUUCCUGGCACACCUCAGGGCCCAGGUCCGGGUCUUCCUGGAUCACAAACCUCUUCCGAUUCUCCGAACCAUCAACCUCCAUCCGAGCAGUUUGAGAGUCUGAAAGAGGGACCAACCUGGAUUUCUUCACCUGAAGACGCCCAAACGAAGAACAAAGUGACAGCAGUUCAUUCACCUUACUUUACUCAUCCGUUUCCUUUCUAUUACUACCCACGUGUUACAAAGGGUGACGUGAAAAGACUGGGGUUUCUCCAUCUAGAUUGGACUGCAAAAACAAACAUGUCUUCAGUACCUUUAAAUCCUGAAACGCAAAGUAUUAAUCCCGAGCCAGAAAAGGAGAAAUCCGAUUUUCAGCCCAGUUUGAAACCAAAGCUACAAGACAAAGACAAACGUUCGACCUCUGUGUCUCCAGCCCCAGAAAGACCAGAUCCCAUCGCAGUUCCUCUUGACAAACCAGUGUUCCCCACUCCAGGAUUCACGUAUAACGCAGAUCCCUACAAGUACUACUACCAUCCGUACUAUAACAACUACCUGAAGUAUUACGCACCAGUAGCGUUGCGUGGCGUCUACAACCGUCUGGGUCAAGCUUUGUCAGAAUCCUUAUCGGUACAACAACCUUCCCACUUGAGAUAUCAAACCAGUGCCCCUCCCUCUGAACCAGGGUACGACAUUCCCAGCAGACUGACAUUCCCCUACUACUAUUACUAUCACUACUACCUGCCUCAGCUGUUCAGAUACUACCAGCAGCUCCAUCUUCCAGGAGGUAAAGACUCGGAUAAAGAUUCUACAUCUCUGCUUUCCCCAAAUGUGGAUUACAGUGACCUGCAGAGGUUUCCUCGUGCUUCUGAGAGCCCUCGUUCCAGCACCUUCAAUCCAGCUUACUCCAACUAUAUUGCUUGGCACUGCAGUGGGUUUAAUGAGAAGCUGGGUGACUACAUGAGAGCGGCCCCACCUGCUCCCUCCUCUGAGGACAGGAAGGCUCCCUGCAUGCUGCAGAAGCUUUCCUCAGAUCCAGACGUCCACGUUGCUCCCCUGGACGGCUGCAAACAUAUGCCUGGUCAGAGGAUGGUCCAUCAGCCAGAAGUUCACGGUCUCCUAUCAGACAGAGGUUUCUUCCCUGUAAGGCUGAUGGUGGGAUGCGGCGCCCCCUCCGAUCCAGGUGAAGUCAGAACCUCAGCUGAGCCGCCGCCGUCCGCCGUCACCGUCGUUCUGAGGAUAGCAACCGAUGCGUCCUUCUCCAGCUUCCACCCUAAAGCUCAGCUGCCCAUCAGCCUCCUGCAGGGUGAAUCUGUCCAUGUGGAGCUCAGCCUGCUGCAGCCUGCUGACCCAACCCUGCUGCUCCUGCUGCACUCCUGCCUGGCUUACACUUUGACCCCGCAUGUCUUCUGGAUGCUGUUUUAUGACCGCUGUAGCAGCCAGAGUGUGUCGCAGCUUCUUCCUUCCCCUGACCCUCGGCACAUCUGGAGGAUUAAAGUUUCCAGCUUCCCCUCCCUGCCUCCAGCAGGCUACACCUACAGGACUCCUGGGGGGCCAGCUGCACCGGAGGACCCAGAGGUUUACUUCCUGUGCCACACAGAGCUGUGCUCAACUGUUUGUGGUGACUGUGGUGUGAGCUGCAGCAACGGUCCCAACACUGAUGUAACUGGAUGAAAUAAAGACACUUUUACACAUU